AAGAUGUAGAGUCGGCGCCGCCCGCAGGGUGCCGUGGCAUUAGACUCUAUCUGUUGGCCUUGAGCUCAAAAGUCGCCGCGUGGAACGAGGUCACCACCUCACGGCCGAGAUCCUCAUGGCCCUGGCUGGAUUCGGUGUUGGUCGUCAGCGCGUCAAGCAAGGCAGCCACUUGUAUGCGGCACUCUGCGUUUCCCUCCCCCGCACCCCAGGCGAGUCCCGCCCCCGCUCAAUGGUACGUGGCUCAGCAGCAUUCACACACUCCACCUACGGGGAAGCGGGGGCUCGUCCUGGGGGUCAACGGCUGUGGUGAUUUGUUGGGGAUCAUCCGGUCGACUCGCAACUCUUCCGACUACAGUACGCCCUACUUUCAGUUAUAUCGCAGCGGCACUGGCGCUCCAUGCCCAUCAAAUAUCGGGUCACGCUGCAGGCAGUCAACAGACGCAAGCAGGCAGGGUAGCCAUCAUGAAGUCCAAAACAGUCAAAACUCGAGGCUGAGCAGCCAGCGAAGUGAGGCACGCAGACUGAGAAUGGACGAUCGCGCACGACUGCACCCAUAGAUGACAAGACAGGAGAAUAUCAAUGCAUUUAUGGAUCCAUUCCCGGCACUGCCUUGCGAACCAGUUGGAAGAUCGGAAUGGUGGAAGGAGGGGUUUGAACCAAUCAAGG